UCCAUGGACAACACUACAGAGGUGACUGAGUUCGUCCUUGUGGGGUUAUCCGAUGACCCGGAAGUGCAGAUCCUGCUCUUCCUCACCUUCUCUCUCAUCUACCUCCUCACCCUGGUUGGGAACCUGGGGAUGACCGAGCGGAUCCUGCUGGACUCUCGUCUCCACACGCCCAUGUACCUCUUCCUCAGCCAGCUCUCUCUGGUGGACUUUGGUUACUCCUCAGCGGUCACUCCCAAAGUGAUGGCAGGAUUCCUCACAGGAGACAAAACCAUUUCCUACGAGGCUUGCCAGUUCUUCUUCUUCGUGGCCUUUAUCACCGUAGAAAGUUUCCUCUUGGCCGCAAUGGCUUAUGACCGCUAUGCAGCCGUGUGCAAACCCCUGCACUACACCGCCGCCAUGACGACCAAAGCGUGCGCCCGUCUGCUCACAGGCUGCUGCUUCUGCGGCUUCCUGAAUGCCUGCGUCCACACCGGGAACGUCUUCAGGCUCUCCUUCUGUAGGUGCCACGUGCUCAACCACUUCUUUUGUGACGCUCCUCCUCUGCUGGCUCUCUCGUGCUCAGACAGCUACGUCAGUGAGAUGGUUAUUUUCUUCGUGGUGGGUUUCAAUGACCUCUUUUCUAUUCUGGUCAUCUUCAUCUCCUACCUGUUUAUAUUUAUCACCAUUCUGAGGAUGCGCUCAUCUGAAGGACGCCAGAAGGCCUUUUCCACCUGUGCUUCCCACCUCACUGCUGUCUCCAUCUUCUAUGGGACCGUCAUCUUCAUGUACUUACAGCCCAGCUCCAGCCACUCCAUGGGCACAGACAAAAUGGCGUCCGUGUUCUACACCAUGGUCAUCCCCAUGCUGAAUCCACUGGUCUACAGCCUGAGGAACAAAGAGGUCAAGGGUGCCUUUAAAACGGCUGUGGGGAAGGCAAAGUCUUCUAUAGGAUUUGUAUUUUAA